CUUCAUUUACAGACGUUCAGAAAAUUAACAUCACAGCUACAAGGACAUAUAAAAAAACUGCAUAGUGCAUUUUUGACUGACUGCAGGAACACUGAGAGGAGCAUUCUACAGGCUCAAUUCCUAUAACAGCACAACAGAAACUGGAUUUUGCAAAGUAGACGGAGAAGCUUCUUUUUUAUAAAUCAGUUCUGAGAACAUCUGAGAGAUUUUAUUUUAUCUUCAAUUGUGUUUGCAAUACCUUUAAAGAAGCAUGUGCACAGGAGGCUGUGCCAAGUGCCUGGGAAGUACUCUCAUCCCCCUGGCUGUGCUCUGCACCCUUGCUAACAUUUUGUUGUUUUUCCCUGGAGGAAAAGUGGUGGAAGACAGAACAUACAUUACAGAUGAAGUUUGGUGCUUUGGAGGGAUCUUGGGAUCAGGUGUAUUGAUGAUCUUCCCUGCUUUGGUAUUUUUGGGCCUUCAGAAUAAUGAUUGCUGUGGAUGCUGUGGUAAUCGGAGCUGUGGAAAGAGGUUUGCGAUGUUUUCUUCUAUAAUAUUUGCUGCCAUUGGAGUUCUGGGAGCUGGAUACUGCUUUAUUUUGUCAGCAGUAGCCCUAAACAAAGGCCCUAAAUGUAAAACUGGAGAAAACUGGAGCUACCCUUUCAAGGCUGGGGAUUACCUUGCUGACCACACAUUGUGGGAAAGGUGUACAUCACCUGACAAUAUUGUCCCGUGGCACCUGACCCUCUUCUCCUUGCUGCUGGUCAUGAGUGGGAUCCAGGCAGUGCUCUGUGGCAUUCAGGCGGUGAACGGCCUCUUUGGAACCAUCUGCGGGGACUGCAAAUGCUGCGGCUGUUGUGGGGGAGAUGGAACUGUCUAACAAAUAGGAAUAUUGCAGACAACUCUCCUCAUCCUGGGAGAAUCCCUUCUGCAGCCGCUCCACAAAGCAGCCCUCAGAUACACUGGCUCCAGCUAAGAAGAUGAGAAAGGAGGGCUCCUCCUCCCACAAGUGUUAUGAAGCCCUGACUCCCUUUCCAGCUUCUUUAAAUCCCUCAUCAUGGAAUAAAAUAAGUGAAAUACAA